AUGUUUCGCCGUGGAAGCGCUAGACGGAAACGAAGCGCUAAUCCGCCAACGGAAGUGCUAGCGCCACCGUCAUUUUCACCGCUUACCACGAAAAUCUAUGUGAUCUAUGGCGAUUCUGAAGGUAAAGAUUUACAGUAUCUGCCUAAUGUCAGCUCAAUUUUCUUUCUAGAAUUCGCCAUGGAGCGACAAAUGCUAUGGAUGGAUGUGCUGCCGGAACUUCAAAGCUUUGCAUUUCAUUCUGGGUUCGAUAUCGAAUGGAUAGAUCCGUUGAGUGAGAGAGGAAAGCUUUCGGAGGCCAUGUGCCUGCUGGGUGACAAAUAUGGCACCAUUGGUCCACCUAGUGAAAUGCUCAAAGAAGAAUUUGAAGCUGUACGCGCAGCCGUUUUCGAGCAAAGUGCAGGUGAAUCCUUCCUUUUUAAGACGUCCCUUUUGCAUCGCUAA